ACAAACACACCUCGGGAGGAGGGAAAGGCCACUCCUGCUUCCCCGGGGAGGGAUGUGUGGGCCGGGAGGCGGCAGUGCCAGCAGCCGGGCAAACAGGACGAACUUCCAGGGACCCUCGAGGUGCCGGACGCUGGGGAGAGACCCCAGACGGCCAGGGCCCGGAUCCUGCUCCCAGGCGGCAUUUGGCCAAAUCUGGGGCCCUCUUGCAAGAGCCGGUGUCCAGCACCUCCCGGGAAAUCCACCAGAUGGUCACGUGGCCCAGGAACAAGCCCUGGAACCUGGCGAUUCCACUUCUGAGGCCAGGCCCUUGGACUCCUCUUUCCGUGUAACAUCCGCACAGAGGGGCGCGCACGCAGCGCGGGGGUGUCUCCGGAGCCGAGCACUCAGGUGUCUGGAUGGAGAACGCGUCUCUCAGCGACGAGUACGAGUACAGCCACUAUGGCGAGGAGGUUUCCGAUUUCCCCGUGGACUGCGACGACGGCACCUGCGUCGCCCUCGGGCCCCUCCGCGUGGCCCCGCUCCUGCUGUACGCGCUGGUCUUCCUGGUGGGGGUGCCGGGCAACGCCAUGGUGGCCUGGGUGAGCCGCCAAGAGGCCCAGCGGCGGGCCGGGGCCGCCUGGAUCCUCCAUCUGGCCGUGGCCGAUCUGCUCUGCUGUUUGUCCCUCCCGAUCCUGUCGGUGCCCAUCGCGUGGGGCGGCAGUGGCCCCUAUGGGGCCGUGGGCUGCCGGGCGCUGCCCGCGGUCAUCCUGCUGUCCAUGUUCACCAGCGUGCUGCUCCUGGCCGCCCUCAGCGCGGACCUCUGCCUCCUGGCGCUCCGGCCCGCCUGGUGGGCGCCCGAUCGGCGGGCCUGCCGGGUGCAGGUGGCCUGCGGGGCGGCCUGGGCCUGGGCCUUGCUGCUGACCCUGCCCUCGGCCAUCUACCGCCGCCUGCACCGGGAGCACUACCCCGCCCGGCUGGAGUGCGUGGUGGACUACGGCGGCUCGGCCGUGGCCGAGAACACGGUGGCCGCCGUCCGGUUUCUGUGCGGCUUCCUGGGGCCGCUGGUGGUCGUGGCCGGCUGCCACGGCGCCCUCCUGUGCCGCGCGGCCCCACGCCGCUGGCCGCUGGGCACGGCCGUGGUGGCCGGCUUCUUUGUCUGCUGGGCGCCCUACCACGUGCUGGGGCUGGUGCUCACGGCGGCCGCCCCGCACUCCGGGCUGCUGGCCCGGGCCCUGCGGGCGGAGCCCCUGGUCGUGGGCCUCGCCCUGGCCCACAGCUGCCUCAACCCGGUGCUCUUCUUGUAUUUCGGGCGGGCCCAGCUCUGCCGAUCGCUGCCCGCCGCGUGUCGCUGGGCCCUGCGGGGGCCCGAGAGCGAGGAUGAGAGCGCGGUCAGCAAGAAAUCCACCAGCCACGACCUGGUCUCGGAGAUGGAGGUCUAGGCCGGAGGGGAAAGCGGCGUGUCUCCUCCGAUCCCAGUUCACGAAACUGGCUUCAGGCGUAGGGAGAUUCAGGGGUUCAAUGCUAUUGCCAUGUACCCCUUUAUUCACUCAACAAACGUUUCUUUC